AUGGACAUCACUGCCCUAAAAUCCCUCCACAUUCCAACCCUUUUUCCCUUUCCAUCGUCUAAAUUAUCUCCCUUUUGUCAAUUCAAUUUCUUUCAUUUCAAACCUUUUCUUACUUCUUCCUCUUCCUCAAGUCGCUUCGUCCCCCAUUGUUCUCUCAAUGGGUCAGCUAAGGUCGUGAGCAAGGAAAGUGCUUUGCCUCAUGGCGUUGGAGAGGCAGUGAAUGAAGCAUCACGUUCCAAGUAUCUUCAGGUCGUGCUCGUGUCCCCUCAGAUUCCAGGAAACACAGGGUGCAUUGCUAGAACAUGUGCAGCGUCAAAUGUUGGAUUACACCUAGUUGGGCCAUUAGGAUUUCAGGUGGAUGAUACUAAACUAAAGCGUGCUGGUUUGGAUUACUGGCCAUAUGUGGUUGUUAAAGUUCAUGAUUCCUGGGGAUAUUUUCAUGAUUAUUUUAAACAACAGGAGGGUGAAAAGCGGUUGCUAGCUUUUACAAAGAGGGGAACAAAAAUUCAUUCUGAGUUUUCCUACAGAAAAGGUGACUAUCUUUUGUUUGGUUCUGAAACAAGUGGCCUGCCUCCUGAAGCCUUGUUAGACUGCAAAAAUGAACCAUUUGGUGGUGGGACUAUCAAAAUCCCAAUGGUUGAGACUUAUGUCAGAUGUUUGAAUCUGUCUGUAAGUGUUGGCAUAGCUUUGUAUGAAGCUUCUAGACAACUAAACUAUGAGUCACUUCAGGUACCUUCAGAAAGCUAUAUUGAUACUACUGAGGAAUCAUUUAUUGCUGAAGACAUUUUUGCUUGA